AUGUACUGUACAGUCUAUGCUGACUGGUGCGGACCUUGCAAGAUGAUUGCUCCCACCUUCGAGUCAUUGUCGACAAAAUACUCGAAGCCGAAGCGGAUCACUUUCUGCAAGGUCAAUGUCGAUAACCAGCGCGAUGUCGCCUCCAAGUAUGGUGUCAGUGCUAUGCCGACCUUCCUGAUUCUCAAGAAUGGCACUGUCAUUGAGACAAUCCGAGGUGCCAACCCUCCCGCACUUACUGCAGCUGUUGAGAAGGCCGUGAAGCUUGCUGGCCCUGCAAGCGGUGCUUCAUUUGGCACAGCUGGCCGCACUCUGGGAGGCACUCCAUUGGGUACAGGCAACAGUGGUCCACGGCAGUCACUUCAAAGACCAUUGAGAUGGGAUAUGAACAACUUCAUCAAUGGCAUCAUUAACUUCUUUGGCCUCUACAUGAUAUCGCUCUUUUCGUCGGACCUGCAGCAGCAGCAGGAUCGGGCUCUAGUGGUCAACGUCCAGGAGCUCCGAAAUCAUCUUUCAGAACUCUAG